CAUCCGCUUUCGGCAACAGACGUCCCAGUUAAUUUCCCGUAUCACCCUCUCUCGCUUUCUCUCUCAAAUUGUCCCCAGGUCGCGUAGGUCGCAGCUUCCCUUCACAACAAACCCGCCGAACGCGUGGAGACGACGAGGUGCGCCGCCAUGAGGGUGUUCCUGUUGUUCGCAGUGACCGUGCUGUCUCUGAGCCCCGCGGCGGAGAGCGGAGCCGACAAGAAAAAGCUACAGAUCGGCAUCAAGAAGCGAGUGGACAACUGCCCCGUCAAGUCCCGCAAAGGCGACGUGCUAAACAUGCACUACACGGGCAAGCUGGAGGACGGCACGGAGUUCGACAGCAGCGUCCCCCGCGGGCAGCCCUUCACCUUCACGCUGGGCACCGGGCAGGUGAUCAAAGGCUGGGACCAGGGCCUGCUGGGCAUGUGCGAGGGCGAGAAGAGGAAGCUGGUCAUCCCGUCCGAGUUGGGCUACGGGGACCGGGGUGCGCCCCCCAAGAUCCCGGGAGGAGCGACGCUCAUCUUCGAAGUGGAGCUGCUCAGCAUCGAGCGGAAGUCCGAGCUUUGAUGGAGAGAAGAUGGAAAAGAAAAUCCACUUUUAACGCGUUCCAGGAGCUGCUGCAACAAUACUACUUCGAGAUCAUCUGACCUCUGAUGGUGACGACAUGGAAUAUAUGACGACAGAGUCGCUGUCCUCCUUACUGCUCCUUACUCACAAAGUUAUAACACGAUACAAGAUGUAAGAUGUAGGGCCUUGCUAAGCAUUAAUAGAACUGAAAGUGAGCAAUUAAACCCAGUAUUUGGCUUCAAGUCAAUCAAGUCAUGCCUGUAGUUGCAUCCUUUUUUUUUCUUUUUAUAAUUGUCUGGGAUUUUUAUAUAAGGGUUCAUUCAUAUUUUUAUAGUCUUUUCACAAAAUCAUUUAGUUGUUAACUUAGUCAAGUCAGGCAGGAUUUAAAUAAAUGUCUUUCAUCCAUCAUAAUAAAAUGAUCUUACAAGAAA